AUGAGAGGGAGCUAGUUCGCUGUCUGCUGACAACUCGCGCCUUUCCGAUGCCAUCAACGGUCUACUCUGUAGGGUAGUGGUCUCACUGCAGCAGGCUGAAUUCCAGACCAGCUGUCCUCAUAGCGGGGUAUACUGGGCAAUCAGCCUUUGGCAUGGCAACUCCAACCUGACUCAUGAGACCGCGAGACGAAGAGACCAUUUUACAGCCAGUGUUUCACUCUGCAGUCAUGAAGACCAGCCCUCCAGCACUGCUCUACAUUCUUUCAGUCUUGAUGGCCUUCAUCGAUAUGUCUGCACCAUGUCUGCAGCCUGCCCCAUAUGGGCCUUCUCCAGAUUCCUCGAGUCUCAGUUGCUUUUAUGACUCAGUGGAGAUUCUCUCUUGCACUUGGACCCCGAUGAAAAAUAUCACUGAAGCACAAUGCCAGCUCAGGGUUCAACUUGAGUCAACGUCUGACAGGUACAAAGGACCGGAGACAUGUCAACUGCAAGGUGUAGCCAACAGGAUCUGUGAGCUGAACGUUUCGAAAUUUGACAUGACUAUUACACACACUAUUCUUGUGCAAGUGUAUUGCCGUACUGGGAAGAACUGGACGUGGAUGCAGAAUCAAAGGAUGUGUCCUUUUCAGAACCUUCGACUGCGGUCUCCUUGCAACGUCCAAAUGGAAAAUGAUGACAAGCUUUCCUACAAUUUAACUUGGAAACUCUGUGCUCUCUCACAUUAUUUAGAAGAUGAGGUGGAGUACCAAAUACGGUAUAAAAAAAAAGAUCCUAGCAAGGCUUACAUAAUCAGCAGCAAUAUUCAGGAUCAGAGGUGGAUGAAAUUUGAGACUCUUUCUCCGGACACAAUUUAUGAGGCCGCUGUUCGUGUGAAGGUAAAAAAGAACACAGCACUUUACAAUAGCACAUGGAGCAAAUGGAGCGUGCCUGUAACAUGGACGACCCAUAAAGGGGAUGCACCGUCUCCAAGUCUGCUCCUGACAGUUCUUCUCACCCUUUUGGGGAGUCUCCUCUUCAUCUCCCUCUUCUUCAUCACCAUUUUCCUGAGGGGCAAAUCACCAGCAUCAAAAUGCUUAAGGAAGCUGCUGAAGAUCCAUCUGCCAGACCCUGCUGAGUUCUUCCCAUCUCUCACUGCUCUCCAUGGAGGAGAUAUCCAGAAAUGGCUGUCCUCGCCAGCACCCAUGUCUUCCUUCUACCUGGCUGCAGCAGUUCCAGAUGUUUCUGUGCUUGAGGUGAUGCAGAAAGGCAAUCAAGAGCCUUCCCUCCUCCUUCCCAAGGAACAUCCUACUAAUACGGACGCACCAGAGACUAGUGGACAUUCUUCAUCCAGCUGCUUUACCAACCGGGGCUAUUUUUUCUUCCACACCGAUGAUUCCCUCGAGAUUGAGCCCUGCAAGGUGUAUUUCACCUACGACCCUCUUACUCAAGAGAUCAGUGGCAGUGAGGACAGCGACCCUAACUCCUACAAAGUGCUCCAUGAAACAUGGGACAACCGGUCACCGCCACCUGCCUACAGCAUCAUGGCAGACCAGGAAAGCGAGUCCUUUCUGCAAGAAGCAAAGGUCCCAAACCAGAAGGUUGGAGGUUGUCCAAGGACUCUUCCAUCAGUGGAGAGCUCCCCAGUGACAUCAGAAGUGAAACAGGAUGAGAACAAAGAAGCGAGUGAGGCCAUUGCUCACCCCCACAAGUCUCCGGGAAAGUAUUCCAUGGACUUUUCAUGUGUCUGGGAGCCGUCUGGCAGCAAUACUGAUGGAACAGAAGCAAUUGGAAGGGUAGAGCUUUCUACAGGCUCUGUGGAAGACAAUAGGCCUGCAUUUCCCCAGUCUAUGAUUCAGAACUCAGGCCAAGCCAAUGAUCUCUGCAGAGCCGCAUCUUCCAGCCAGGUGCUGAGUUCUUCGGAGGCCUACCUGACCCUGAGGGAUCUUCAGGGCCAUUAUGGCCAUCACUCGGUCUGAAUUCUGAACCGUCCCUGAAAGCAAGAAAGCAACAACACCAUCAGUUAAACGUCAUCAAAGAAAUGGAAAGGGAACAUAAGGCUUUUAACAGGCAAUGGGACUUAUAUUUUAGAUCUCCUCUCCCCCUCUCAAUACGCAAUAGUGACCCCCACCCUGUAGUGCUGGGAAGCCAGGAGAGCAACAGAGCCCCACCCUUACCGCUUCACUGGAUGCUACUGCAGUAUAAGGAGAGGGUUUUGAGGUGCUGUAAGGGGGGUUUAGGGGGGCUAGCAGUAAGGGUGGAGGUGUUGGUGAGUUGUAAGGGGGUGGUGAGCAAAGAGGGCAGGGGAACAGCCCCUAGUAACUAAUGAAAAUGGUAAUAGGAACCAGAUUUAUGACACAGGGUGGGAAGCAUAUGGCUGCAUUUUAUCUUGAAAGUGGUUACCCAGAAACUUAUAAGUGGAGCCCACUGUCAUCUGUUAAUCCAUUUUCUUGAAUAAAUUCUUGAAUUUUGGGAGUGUGUGAUAUGCCACAGAGGCAUGUCUUUCCCACAAAAACUUCUGCUUUCUCCACAUGGUACACCCUACUGUGGAUAACAUGGACAAUGCCAUUCUUGUGCCCAUUAGGAAGCAAAGAUCCCAACUCGGUACAGUAGUACCUUGGUUCUCAAACUCAAUCCAAUAUGGAAGUCUCUUUGAUUUCCAAAACAUUUGCAAACCAAGGUGUGGCUUCUGAUUGGCUGAUUGGCCCCAGAAACAAUGCCAACAGUCAAAACAGACAUUCAGCUUCCAAAAGAUGUCUGCAAACCGGAACACUUACUUCUGGGUUUGUGGCGUUCAGGAGCCGAUUUGUUGGGAAACCAAGCAGUUUGGGAACCAAGGUACAAGGAAGUGAAUUGUUGUCUACAGGUCUAAAAGAAUCCUAUAAGUCUAUGAAGCUCCAUGGAACAGCACGUGCACAGUAAAUUGUUGCUCAGGGAUGUAACUGAAAAUUUUCUGGUGCUUUUUAUUAUAUGGUUUUAUACCUUAUUGCUACUACAAAAGAAUCUGAUGCAUUGAAGAUAUGAAGUUCAUUACCUUCUGCUGGUCUAAAAAACCCACUGUAAUUCUGUAUGUUAGAAAUGGAUGAGCAUAGUUUACUGAAGUCAUUGCAGCAUUUUAGCUAAGAGUAUUGAGUUGUAUCUGAAUAGACCCACUGAAAUGAAUGAACCUAAGUUUGCCAUGUGCAUUAAGUGGAUCUUCUCUGAGUAGGACUAGCAAUGGAUAAAACCCAUUACAGUAUUUGUAUCUUGGCUGGUUGUUUUAAAUAGCUUUCAAUGUUUCAUUAAUUGGGGUGGGUCAAGGUUACCUUCUUUCUGCAAUCUAAGCUUUGUUACAGCAAAGGGAAACGGCUUACUUCUAGCAAUAACUUGUUUACCUUUUGAAUACAACAGCUUUGAAAGAAUCCCACUUUCACCCCAAUUGUUGAUUUUAAAUUUUCCCUUGUUGCAUGUGAAUAUGCCAUUAUUGUUCAUUGUAACAAGAUCCCAAAAUUUAAUGAGCCAUUUUCUUAGAUGUAGGGCAUCUUUUGCAACAGUCAGCAUAUCGCGGUUGUGCUACCAGGACCGUGUGAAAAAUUAAUGUUCCUUUGUCUCUAUCCACUGCUUCCUUUUAAAAAAAAAAUCCCUUUAGGAUUUAGAGGCAAAUGAAGGUCCAGAAUCUUCUUGAUCAUCUACAGAAUGUGGAUCCGGUAGCUUCUUGCUCUGAAUCUAGUUGGUGUGUGUGUGUGUGUGUGUGUGUGUGUGUGUGUGUACUUUUAGUUGUAUAGCUUGGAGCUUGUACUUUUAGUUGUAUACUUGGAGGCUGCUACAAGACAGCACUAUGGGCUACAAAUGUGAGGCGGAAAUUCCAUAGAUUAAAAGUUUUGUUAAGCCUAUGGAGAUGCAUUCUAAAAAUCAAAAUAUGGCUGAAAAGGUAGGAAGGGACUUUUUUUUUACUAUGGGUACUUCCAGAUGACCUGUUUAUUGAACAAUCCUGAUUUGUUUGAAGGGAGAUUGGCCAGCGUUGGCUAUUGAAUGAACAUUCACUCUGAUUUGCCUGAAGGGUGUCUGGACUAUAUUGUGUCAGAGGUCACACUGAUACCCUACCUUUAAAGCCUUCUUACACCACUUUACACACCGGAAGGAGUGCUGGAAAUAGCGUUUGUGCAUGCAUGCACCGUGGCGUCUGCGGGACCGUGAACCGGCCCAAGCCACAAAAAACAUACCAGGGUGAAGGCAUCUUCUUCUAUUUGUCCCUGUGUCCCUAUUUGUCCCUGUGAUUUCAGUUUGUUGGUUGGAACACCAGAGAAUUACCUGACUGAGGCUGCAUUUCUAAAUCCACUUACUAAGGAAUAAACUCUAUUGAAUACAGUAGGAUUUACUUUUGAGUAAAUAUGCACAGGACUGCACUGCAGAGCAGAGCUGGCUCUAAUCAAUCGUAUCCGAGUAAGAUUGUCUUCCAUAAACAUGGUUUUAACAAUGAGUCCGUAAGUGACUGUGGAGGCCAAUUCUGGAUCCACACGUCCUUCCACAGUGGGGACAUUGGUUUCCGGGCGGGAGUUGAUCACGGUGUGGAUUUGCCAAGCGCGCCUUCCUCUUAGCACGUUUCUCCCUUGCGUCCUGAGAUCGACUUGCUUGCUCUGAGGUAAGGCCCAUUUGACUUCAAAUGGCACUUCCCCCCCAACAGAGGAAGCUGCCAUAUCAGAUCAGACGCUUAGUCCAUGUAGCCCCACAUUGCUCACUAUGACUGGCAGUGGCUCUCCAGCAUGUUCCACAGGGGGUCUUUCCUUUGGUCUGUUUUGCAUGCAAGGCUCUACCACUGAGUUUCAGUCUCUUCCUCUUGACCUUUGGGUCCAGGCACGAAGCUGAAUGAGUCAAACGACUACAGUUAAAGUGAUUCAAAGGUUGAUGAUUCAAAUUAAGAACAUGACACUGUAAUGGAAACAAAUGCAUUUAGUCACUUUUAUUUUUACUGUCGAUGAAGUGUAGUUUCUUGUAGUUUCUUAACAGCCUGUAAAUCUUACUUCUGUUUUUGUCUCUCUUCAUUAUAGUGUUUUUGAUGUAUGGUGUUGAUUAUUUUGAUGGUUACGCUCUUAGUUACUUUGAGUUCCUUUUGCAGAAGAAAAGCAGACUAGAGACUAUUCUAAAUACACUUACAAUGGGACCCUGUGUGCAUGUUCUUCCAUGUUUGAAUACAGGAAAUGUUUUCACAGCAAAAGCCCAUCUAAUUUCCCAUUCCAAAUGGAAUAUUCUAGUGAUGUUGCUCUGUCUUACAGGACAAAAUAUCCGUCUUUCAUUUGAUUAUGCUAAGAUUAUUACAGAGCAGAGCAGCUCAUAGCCUGUACCAGUGAAAAAUCAUCUUAAUUGAUAUAGCCCAUUCCAUUGUUUCCCUUGCUCGAGGAAAUAAUCACAUAAUUAACAGAGAUGAUGGGUGAAUCAUCUCACAUAAAUAGAUACAGAUCUGCACCUGUGCCUGAAACCAAAACCAAAUUAUUUACUUCAAAGCAUUAAAUAUUCAAUUAACAUUUGAUAUGCUUUCUCCCUGCUUUGAGGAACACAUACUACCAUCACCAUGAUGCAGCACAGAGAUACUACUUUUACCAUGAUGCAGUGGAAUCGUAGAUGGCAAAAGAAUUAUUGCGUGGCUGCUGUGAUGGCCAUUUUCAGUGAUCACAAUGUAUUCUUUUUUUCUUCUUCAGCAUCUCUUUCUUCACUUGUGACAAAAAUCAAGAAAUAUCAGAAAAUGAACAUUUUCCAGAAAUAUCUAUGGAUGAAUGAGCAUUUAAGGAACCUCUCCAGUAUUCUAUAAUGUUAUUUUUCCAUUUAAAAACAGAAAUAAAUGUGCUUAUACAAAUGUGUUGAAGUUAGGAUUUUAGUUCGUAAGCUCCUUGGGGCAAAAACUUACUUGUCCUCUUGUCCUCUGUAAUGCAAUAUGCAUGCCAAUCGCACACACACACCCUGCUCAUAUAUCUUUAAAAAAAAAAAAACUUUAAUUCUAAUUAAAACAUCAGCAAAUCAUAACAAACAAACACAUACCAAAAGCAAAUUAUAACAAAUCAUAACAAACAAACAAAUACAUACAAAAAGCAAGUUAUAACAAAUCAUAUCAAAUCAUAUCAAAUCAAAUCAUAAGGAGAAAAGGGGGGAAAGGAAAGGAAAGGGGGAAAAGAAUAAGAAAGAAAAAUAAGAAAAGAAGAGAUUAGAAAAGAAAUAAAAGAAUAAAAAUCAACUUCCAAGCAUUUUAAUAUCGAUUCCCUUUCAAUAUAUAACAUCUUCCUCAUUGCAAGUAAUCAAAAAUAAAACCUCUCAUAUUUUUCUUACAUUAUAUAUCUUUUAAUUCUGUCCAUCAUAUAGGAAAGCUGAAACGUCUACAUAGUUAUAUUAAACACCUGUUACGUAAAAUUUGUCAGGUGAGGGGAAAUUUAUUGGGGUGAAUCUUAUGAUGGGGAAAAUACAGCACUGAAGAGUUUGUCCUGGUUAUACAACAGGAAACCACGAAAUACCAACGCAUCUCUGUGCUGCCACCUUUGCAGCCAUGCAUUGGUGGGUGGUUCGCCUGUUAAUAUUGUGCUUGCCACAGUGUGAGGCUAACCUCAGUUGUUUCCUAUGCUCUUUGUUCUAAAAACAGGAAGUGUGUGUCAACACAUUUAAUUGUUGAUGGUACUGAUCUGAUAACAAGCACACGCUGUGUACAGGUUUGCUUGUUUGCUUGUUUGCUUGUUUGCUUGCUUGCUUGCUUGCUUGCUUGCUUGCAGGUAUGGGAGUUCACAGGGCCGGAUUUAGGUGUGAUGAGGUCCUAAGCUACUGAAGGCAAUGGGGCCCUUUAUAUGUCCAGCUGUUCUUUGUCAACAACAAAUUUUGCUGUUUUUUGUGUUGAAUAUAUGCUAUAUGGUAAUUUAUGGACCUAAUACAGUCAUACCUCGGUUUAAGUAUGCCUCGGUUUGAGUAUUUUCAGUUUAAGUACUCUGCGGACCCGUCUGGAACGGAUUAAUCCACUUUCCAUUACUUUCAAUAGGAAAGUUUGCUUCAGGUUAAGUAUGGACUUCCGGAACCAAUUACACUCAUACCUCGGGUUAAGUACGCUUCAGGUUGAGUACUCCGCGGACCCGUCUGGAACAGAUUAAUCCACUUUCCAUUACUUUCAAUGGGAUAAUUCGCUUCAGGUUAAGUACGCUUCAGUUUAAGUACUCCACGGACCGUCUGGAACGGAUUAAUCCACUUUCCAUUACUUUCAAUGGGAAAGUUCGCUUCAGGUUAAGUACGCUUCAGGUUAAGUACAGACUUCCGGAACCAAUUGUGUUUGAAAACCGAGGUACCACUGUAGGUACCUAAAGCUAUUUGCACAUAACAAAAUAUGUAUUUUAUCAAAGUGAAUAUUGAACUGAAAUACAAUUAAGAAGAAGUAUAUUAAUAGUGAAAUUUAGGAGGGGGCCAAGAGAGUGGGGCCCUAAGCAAUAGCUUGUUUAGCUUUUACGUAAAUCUGGCACUGGGCGUUCAAUUGCACACUAGAGAUGAUUAAAGAACCAUUGAUGAUAUCUUAGUGGAGUUCUUUAAUAACCCUGAAGGGGGCUUACCUCUCUCUCAGCUGUAAAGUUGCCUGUGAUCUUGGGCUAUUCAGUCUCUCAGAGAUGUUGCAUGGAUAAAAUGAGGGAGGGGGGAUCAAUGUGUGCUAUCCUAAGCUCCUCGGAGGAACAAUGGGAUGCAAAUGUAGCAAAAAAUAAAAUUCCUUUAUUCAAACAAGAUUGCAUUUAUUGUGCUAAUUUCAGAAUGGUUGGUUAGAGGGCAGCUCUCCCAUGCCACACAGUAUUUUAUGAUGCUUUCGAUAUGUCUGCAUUUUCAUAUUGGCUGGAAAUCCAUUUUGACUCUCUUGGCUCUCUUCAAAGAACCUCAAAGUGGGCUACUGCCCCCCUUCACUAAACAAUUCCUUUGCUCAGGAGCCAUGGAAGUGAAACGGACUUGGCACUAGGGUUAAGUGAAGAGAAUCACUUGGCUUCUCAUCUCUCCAUAUUUCUACAUCAGUUUGCAAUUUUCUAAAAAAACCGCACCCUCAUAAAAAUUCAUCAACUCUCCUAAUGUACACAUUUUUGAAAAGCAAUUUCCCCUCACAUAAAGCAUUUCUGUGGUAUUUUCACUAAUAUGUUCCACUUUUGUGCUCACUCUCCCCUGGGAUGGGUGUUUUUGCACGCAUUACUUGGCUGAAGAACUGCAUUGCAAAAUUCAGAAACGUGUGAAUUUCAACGGAAGCCUGGGUUCCGAUUUGCAUAUUGUUUCAGAAAAUGUGAGUUUGGUAAGUUUGUAUUUAAUUGCAGACUGAAGCAACUUUGUCCCCCAUCCACACUUAGAACUGAAUUAAAAGUGGCUGUGUCAACAGUCACAGUUUGAGAGAUUUGUCAUCACUUUGCUUCAGGGGAGGGGAGCUUCAGGCCCUGGGACCAAACUAGGUGGUGAG